AUGGACGCCAGUCAAGAGAUCAUUGACCGACGUGCCCGUAUUCGAGAGAACCAGCGCAAAAGCCGCGCCCGCAAGCAGGAGUACAUCCAGGAACUCGAGCACCAGAUCGCCCAGUGCAAGGAACAGGCCCAGCAGAGCGAUAUUGACCACCGGAUCACCGUCCAGAAACUUCAAGCCGAGAACCGCCGGCUCAAAGACCUGUUGGCCUCUCUGGGCGUCUCGCCUGCUUCGGUCGAGCAGUGUCUGCAGCAAGCCGCGCCCGCCGCGAUCCUGGAUCGGAAAAUUGCCAUCCGUGCAUUACCGCGAUCACCACACCCCGCUAGCCCGAUGUCAUCAACUAAAGUGCCAAGUGCCCGCGAGAUCAGCCCAGACGAUGCUCUCCAAAAGACAGAGGACCCGUCGUUAUGCAGAUGCCCCAUCACCGGGCAAGACAUCAAUACCCUGCCCUCCGAUCAGGACCAGCUCGAUUCGACUCUAUGCAGCAUUGCUGAAGAGCUGAUAAACCAGUAUAACACCUGCGGUGCCGAUGUCGACGAGAUCCACCGCAAGCUCUCUGCUGGCUUCCGGAAGGGCAUGGCCGGCGGUGGCUGUAGCGUGAAAAAUCACAUCCUCUUCCAGGUGCUCGAUGAAAUCAGCAACGGGAUCUGA